AUGCCGGCCGGGGGCGUCGGCGUGCAGGCGCCCGAGGCGUCGCCGGGGCGCUACGUGCGGCGGGUCGACGAGGUGCCGCCCGACGACGACGGCUGCGACGGCGUCUUCGGGGUCGACGUGCGGGGACCCGGGGACAACGACCCCUUCGACAUCCCCGCCAAACGCGCGCCCGUCGAGCGGCUACGGCGGUGGAGGCAAGCUGCACUUGUGCUCAAUGCAUCUCGGCGAUUCAGAUAUACACUCGACUUGAAAAAGGAGGAAGAAAAAGAACAAAUAAGGAGGAAGAUUAGGGCUCAUGCUCAAGUCAUACGGGCUGCACUACUGUUCAAGGAAGCAGGAGAAAAGCAGAAUGGUGAUACGGAAUUACCAGAAAUUCUCCCACGGGGGUUUGGAAUUGGAGAGGAUCAACUUACAUCGAUGACAAGGGAUCAUAACUAUUCCGCUCUGCAAGAAUAUGGAGGGGUUAAAGGGCUCACAAAUUUACUGAAAACAAACCCAGAGAAGGGGAUCCAUGGUGAUGAAGCAGAUUUGUCAUGUAGGGCGAAUGCUUUUGGGGCUAACAGAUAUCCUCGCAAGAAAGGAAAAAGCUUCUGGGUUUUUCUCUGGGAGGCCUGCAAGGACUUGACAUUGGUUAUCCUUAUUGUAGCUGCAGCCAUUUCUCUUGUAUUGGGCAUCGCAACAGAGGGCAUCAAGGAAGGAUGGUAUGAUGGUGCAAGUAUAGCAUUUGCUGUCUUUCUUGUGAUACUUGUUACUGCUGUCAGUGAUUACAAACAGUCCCUUCAGUUCCAACACCUCAAUGAGGAGAAACAAAAUAUUCAAGUCGAGGUUAUUAGGGGUGGUAGAAGGAUUCAAGUGUCGAUCUUUGAUAUUGUUGUUGGUGAUGUAGUAGCUUUAAAAAUUGGUGAUCAGGUUCCAGCAGAUGGCAUUUUAAUUAGUGGCCAUUCUCUUGCCAUUGAUGAAUCCAGUAUGACCGGGGAAAGCAAAAUUGUUUUGAAGGAUCAGAAGUCACCUUUUCUAAUGGGAGGAUGCAAAGUAGCUGAUGGUUAUGGUACCAUGUUGGUAACUGCGGUUGGUCUAAACACUGAAUGGGGUCUAUUAAUGGCCAGCAUUUCAGAAGAUAAUAAUGAAGAGACACCAUUGCAGGUGCGGUUGAAUGGAGUAGCAACAUUCAUAGGCAUUGUGGGGCUUGUUGUUGCAGCAAUGGUCCUUGUAGUCCUCUUUGCAAGAUAUUUUACAGGACAUACUACAAACGCAGAUGGUACUGUUCAGUUUGUUAAGGGGCGCACAGGUGUGAAAUCUACAAUAUUUGGAGUAAUAAAGAUACUAACUGUCGCGGUGACUAUUGUUGUCGUUGCUGUACCUGAGGGACUACCGCUGGCUGUAACACUAACCCUGGCUUAUUCAAUGCGGAAAAUGAUGGCAGAUAAAGCGCUGGUGAGGAGGCUUUCAGCUUGUGAAACGAUGGGUUCUGCUACAACAAUUUGUAGUGACAAGACCGGUACAUUAACGCUCAAUCAGAUGACUGUGGUGCGAUCAAUAGUUGGGGCGAUAGAGCUGCAACCUCAGGCUACUAUUGACAAGUUGUCACCUACAGUUACCUCUCUUGUACUUGAAGCAAUUGCACAGAAUACUUCAGGCAGUGUGUUUGAGCCAGAGGAUGGUAGCACCGUCGAGGUAACAGGCUCACCAACUGAAAAGGCAAUCCUUUCUUGGGGUCUUGAGCUUCAUAUGAAAUUUGCCGUGGAGAGAUCAAAAUCUGCUAUCAUUCAUGUCUCUCCAUUCAACUCAGAAAAAAAACGCGGAGGCGUUGCAGUGAUUGGGAGAGAUUCAGAUGUUCAUGUGCAUUGGAAAGGAGCUGCGGAAAUAGUUCUCGCGUUAUGUACAAAUUGGCUCUAUGUAGACGGCUCAACUCAUGAAAUGACAUCUGAUAAGGCUAAUCACUUCAGGAAAUACAUAGAAGAUAUGGCGGAGCAAAGUCUUCGUUGUGUUGCUUUUGCUUAUAGAAAUCUUGAUCCGAAGGACAUUCCAAGUGAGGAACAAAGAAUUAAUUGGGAGUUGCCUGAUAAUGACCUGACUCUUAUUGGAAUUGUGGGGAUGAAGGACCCUUGCCGUCCUGGAGUGAGAGAUGCUGUUGAGCUGUGCACCAAUUCUGGUGUUAAGGUACGGAUGGUAACUGGAGAUAAUCUGCAGACAGCUAGAGCAAUAGCACUUGAGUGUGGAAUACUUACUGACCCCCAGGCUUCUGCACCAGUUAUAAUAGAGGGAAAAGUUUUCCGUGCAUACAGUGAUGCCGAAAGGGAGGCGGUUGCCGACAAGAUAUCUGUGAUGGGAAGAUCCUCUCCGAAUGAUAAGCUUCUUCUUGUAAAAGCACUGAAGAAGAACGGCCAUGUUGUGGCUGUUACUGGAGAUGGGACAAACGAUGCCCCUGCAUUGCAUGAGGCAGAUAUUGGUCUUUCUAUGGGUAUCCAAGGAACAGAAGUAGCUAAAGAGAGCUCAGACAUAAUUAUUCUGGAUGAUAAUUUUGCUUCGGUCGUGAAGGUGGUCCGCUGGGGUCGUUCUGUUUAUGCAAAUAUCCAAAAGUUCAUUCAAUUCCAGCUUACAGUAAAUGUUGCGGCUCUAAUAAUCAAUGUGGUUGCUGCUAUUUCCUCGGGCAAUGUUCCUCUAAAUGCUGUUCAGCUUCUCUGGGUUAAUCUCAUAAUGGACACACUCGGUGCACUUGCAUUGGCUACUGAACCACCAACGGACCAGCUUAUGAAAAGGACACCUGUUGGACGGAGAGAACCUCUUGUGACUAAUAUUAUGUGGAGAAACUUGUUCAUUCAGGCUGUCUAUCAAGUGGCUGUUCUUUUGACGCUUAACUUUAGGGGCCGAGAUCUUCUGCAUUUGACUCGAGAUACCCUCGAACACUCCAGUAAAGUGAAAAAUUCAUUUAUAUUCAACACAUUUGUCCUGUGUCAGGUGUUUAACGAGUUCAAUGCACGUAAACCAGAAGAGCUGAACAUAUUUGAAGGAGUUUCAAGAAACCACCUCUUUUUGGCCGUUGUGAGCGUAACCGUUGUGCUGCAGGUGAUAAUUAUUGAGUUCCUUGGGAAAUUUACAUCAACAGUGAGACUCAGUUGGCAGCUUUGGCUUGUUUCUCUUGCUAUUGCUUUUAUCAGCUGGCCGCUGGCUCUUGUUGGAAAGUUCAUUCCAGUUCCCCAGACCCCAUUGAAGAAUUUGAUCCUGAAGUGUUGGCCAAAAAAGAAGAAGCAAGUGAUGAAGGAGCAGCUCCACCGGUGUGAUACUGAACGUCUCUCCCAAGUUGCAGAAAUCAUCAGCUGCCAAAUUCCAGUUCUGGUGCAUAUAGAUGCUUGCAUAAAUUUGAAUGCUGAUUUCUUCUAA